UUUUCUAAGUUUAUAAAACAAUCUCGUGCCUUAAAAGAAAAGUGUUCAUUGAAAUAGAAAAGACAUUGAAAAAAAUGUUUUGGGGACUAAGCGAAGCAUUGGAUUUAUUUCAGGAAUAUAUUGGCAAGUCAAAUUAUCAGGUCGAAAACGAAAAUUUAUCUCCUGACUCAAAAAAUCAAGAUAUUACAACAGAAAUUAACAUUUUGUUGUUUGGCUUAAAUGACCCACGGCAUAUACUAGCCACUAUGGCCAACAUGUACUCACACAGAGCGAAAGGAAUUAACCCUGUUAUAAAUUUCUACUUGGUCGAUGGAUGUAUCGAAAUUGUGGCUCGAAAUAUUGCUCUACUGGCUAUUGCGCUGGAGAAUCCUAAGGUUAUGAAUAUUCGCAGCAAGACCCAUUUAUUCAUGGACAUCUAUGGUAAUACCUUAGUUCGAGCAUUUUCACAUCAAUACGUUUCAGCUAAGUCAAAGUCUUUGAUAAAAACGAUUACCGAUAGCCAAUGCUUAGAGAAAAAAGCACCAUUCCUAAAUAUUGAUGGCUUAAAAUACCGUGAACGUGAUGGCGUGGAAAACGCUCUGAAUUUCUGGUCAUCGAAAGAAGGAAAUAUUUUCAAUAUAAAGCAGUAUUGGAACGAAAGGGUAAAAAAACUAUUGGGGACACGAUAUGACUACAGGGAAGGCCAAUUCGAUUGGGACCUCAACAUGGUUUUGAAAGACAGAAAAGGAUCCCAAAUAUGCUCACAGGAAUACAGAUACUGGAGAGAAACUGGAGUUGCUUUUACUUUUCCAGAAUUCGAGUACAACGUGCCAAACAAGACGCUAGCCGCCGGUUUAGUACGGAACGGCAAAAAAUAUUUGCACCGUGGUUACAUAGGCGAUAUCCAGACUGGCCCGUAUGCAGCCUUCGGUUUAACAACGUCCGAUCAACGUAUGCUUAAAUCAAUGCAUGGACAAAACGAUUAUCGUUCAACGGACAUUACAGAACGUAAUAUUUUGCAAAUAUUUCACGAGCUGGCAACACAGAUGCCCUAUGAUCACAAUCUCAGUCAGUCACGAAAAUAUGGUUCCAUUCGUCUUCAAAUGGGAAAAGGUCUAACUAACUGCGAGGAGGAUGUGGAGAACUUGCUGCAGGACUACAAUGAGCCGUGGAUAAAGAUAGAAGGAGUCAAAAUAAACUUUCUUUCAAGUGAUGAAAUUCUUUCUUUGCAAGAUAGCAACAGUCGUUGGGCGAAUUUCUUUGAUGUCAUCUUUGUCGCACACAAUUAUUUUUCAUUUUUGAAAGAUUCAUUUAUUGAUGUCCUGCGCUCUCCUUCAAUAUUGAUUAUGGAGACAAGACUAUUGACCACUGAGAGGAAAAGUGCUGUUGACAAAUUUGAAGAGGAAUUGUUUCAGUUCGCAGAGAGGACACAUUUGAAGCCAUGUAUAAACUAUGACACAAUCAACUCGAAACGGUCAAUUUUGAAGUUUCAGAAAAUUUAAAAACUACAUUAAACCGGAACUUUCGUUUAUAGUUUCUUAUUGAAAUAGACAAUAAAAAUUCUUACUCUAAUAUUGUGAUUUAUUAAAUCUGUUUUUGUGCUACUUUUUGCUA